AUGCACCUCUCUUGGCCCCAUCUGCGUGUCUCCCAGGGGCAAUCCGCCUUUGCGGAGGGUAAUGCACGAUGGACAAAUCGUGAUUUGGACCCAAUCCCAUUGCUGGCUCGCAAAUGGGGAGUUGCCAGCUUGAUAGCCUACUGGAUCUCCGACGCCUUCAAUGCAGCAACAUGGCAAUUCGCUAGCAGUAUGAUCGCAGUUGGUCUGAGCUAUCGUGAGGCUCUUGCUAUCGUGGCCAUCUCGUUUUUUAUCAUGUCUUUCGUGAUCGCAGGCAACGGCGCGGUCGGCGCCAUCUACCAUGUCCCCUUCCCGGUGAUUGCUCGGGCCAGCUGGGGAUUCUGGGGCUCAUAUAUUGCCAUCAUUUCUCGUGUCAUUCUUGCGAUCUUCUGGUUUGCCAUCCAGAACGUGAACGGGGGGAAUGCCGUCCGUGUCAUGCUCGGGGCCAUCUGGCCUAGCUACUUGACCCUUCAUAACGGUAUUCCCGAGUCACAAGGGAUCACAACGAAUGGCAUGAUUGGGUUUUUGAUUUUCUGGAUUAUCCAGUUCCCUUUCUUGUGCAUGCAUCCGAAUAAAUUGCGUUGGCUCUUCACUGUGAAGUCCGUGUUGGUCCCUAUUGCGUGGAUUGCAAUUUUGAUCUGGGCGUUUGUGGCUGAAAGGGGUGGUGGUGGUAUUUUCCAACAGCAGACAGCUUCAGUGUCAGGAUCGAAGUAUAGCUGGCUGUUCCUGGCGAACAUGACAUCAGUACUGGGAAACUAUGCCACGCUCAGCGUGAACCAGUCAGAUUUCUCUCGCUACUCUCGUGUCAGCCCCCGUUGGCAACUACUCUACAUCCCCAUGCUCCCCAUCGUCUUCACCUUUAUCUCCUUCAUCGGCAUUGCCGCUUCCUCCGCCGGCCAAUCUCACUACAACAUCGCCUCAAUUCCAUGGGACCCGACCGUCCUGAUCAGUUACUGGCCCAAUCGCGCCUGUCGCUUUUUCGGCGGAUUUUCCUUUGCACUCGCUUCGUUGGGUGUUAAUAUUUCUGCCAACUCUCUUUCGGCGGCCAAUGACUUUACCGCGCUGGCACCCGAAGUUAUCAACAUCCGCCGCGGCCAGAUUCUCUGCGCUCUCUUAUCGUGGGCGCUUGUGCCAUGGAAGAUCCUCGAGUCCGCAGGGAACUUCCUGACCUUCAUGUCAGCGUACGCGAUCUUCCUGGGUCCUAUCGCUUCCAUUAUGUUGUUCGACUUUUGGGUCGUUAAUCGCCGCAAAUACGAUACUCUGGCACUGUAUCAGCCAUGGAACCCGAUUUAUCGCUAUACCUGGAAGGUUUCCUUCUUAACGGGCAAAUCAUUGUCCGGGUUUAACUGGCGUGCCAUUGCUGCUUUUCUCAUCGGCGUGGCGCCGAAUCUCCCGGGCUUGAUCAAUGCCGUCAACUCCAAUAUCGAUGUCGGGGUUGGGGUCCAUCCGUACCAGUUCGGAUGGCUACUGGGAUUUUUUGCAACUUCGAUCAUCUACCUUGGUCUAUCCUGGAUGUUCCCGGUACAGGAGACUCAACUUGAUCGUGCUGUUCUCCCUGAUGAAAUAUAUGAAGACCGUGGAAUUGUGGUGGAAGGUGUAGAUGGAGAAACUUCUGAUCACUCGCACGCCCCUCAAGGUGAAAAGAAAGAUUUAAAUGGGUUUGCGUCUUCCAUGACGGUUGUUUAG